AUGAAUGUGUGUGUGUACUCUCUAGGAUCAUUUGAAGAGAAGUACGUGGAACUGAGCUGUCUUGGCCAAGGUGCCUUCGGCUCAGUCUACGCUGGACUCCAUAUAGAUGACAAUCUGCCUUUGCCCCUGGAGGUGGUGCUCCUACUGAUUGUAGGACAGGGUGGGGCGGACAUGGCUGAGAAGGCCAGGGGUGAGGAGGUGAGGGGUAAGGCCAGGUUUGGAGGUGGAGGAGACGAUCAGGCAGCAGUGGAGCUGCUGGACUGGUACGAGCUGGACCAAGAGCUAAUUAUAGUUUUGGAGAGGCCUGUACCCGCCGUGGAACUGUUUGAUUAUAUCCAGGAGAGAGGAGGAUAUCUCCCAGAGGAUCAGGCCAAGAUCAUUCUGAGGCAGCUGGUUGAGGCCAUGGUCAAUUUUCACUCUUGGGGUGUCCUCCACCGAGAUAUUAAGCCAGAGAACCUUCUGGUUGAGACCGGUUCUGCAGUUCCACGGAUUAGGGUUCUGGACUUUGGCUGUUGCUGCAUUAUUCAAGAAGCACCCUACACCGAGUUCCUUGCUGUGUACUCGCACUAG